AUGCUUCAGUGCGCGGAUGCCGCUUCAUCUUCAGAAACAGAAAGCGAGAAUGAGACGGAAACUGAUGAAGAGAGAGCACGAAGGAAGGCGUUUGAGAUGAAGCGCAAGCAGCACUACGACGAGUUUCGACGGAUGAAGUUGGCUAAGCAGCUGAUCGAAAAGGAUCUGAAAACGCUUGCCAACGAAGCCACCGAUUCGACUGCAAACGACACCACCACCAGCAGCAGACAAGGAGGCAGCGACCGCCAGUAA